CCCGCCAAUCCAUACUCUCGGUCCUCGUCUGCUCCGGUAUGGCAACUGCCUCGAUUGGUCGAGCCUGAGCCAGCAUGGCGGCGCCUGUGUAAGGCUGUCCGUACCGCGAAAAGGACAGCGGUCGAGGCGCGGGUCCCGGGGGGUUAGAGUCACCAUGCUGAGGACCGCGUGGAGGGCGCUGAGUUCGAUUCGGACCCAGACAGUGACCCAGGCCCCAGUCCUUGGGCUGCUGGGCAGAGGGAGCGCCACGCUUCCUUCUAGCCAGUGGGACCUGCAGCCUCGAAGUCUCUUCCAGGCCGCCCGCGGAUACGCCAUCCAGAAACCAGUCCAGCCCAGCCAAGACGAUGACCCACCCCCUUCCACGCUGCUCAAAGGCUACCAGAACAUCCCUGGAAUUGAGAAGGUUGAUGAUGUCGUGAAGAGACUCUUGUCUUUGGAAAUGGCCAACAAGAAGGAGAAGCUAAUAAUCAAGGAAGAACAGUUGAUGAAAAAGGUCGUGGCAAACCCUGAGGACACCAGAUCCCUGGAGGCUCGAAUUGUUUCCUUGACCAUCAAGAUACGCAAUUAUGAAGAACACAUGCAGAAACAUCGAAAGGACAAAGCCCACAAGCGCUAUCUGCUGAUAGCUAUCGACCAGAGGAAAAAGAUGCUCAAAAACCUCCGUAACACCAACUAUGAUGUCUUCGAGAAGACAUGCAGGGAGCUGGGGAUUGAGUACACUUUUCCCCCUCUGUAUUACCGAACAGCCCACCGCCGAUUCGUGACCAAGAAGGCUCUCUGCAUUCGGGUUUUCCAGGAGGUUCAAAAGCUGAAGAAGCAAAAAAAGGCCUUAAAAGCUGCAGAAGCAGCAGCUCGAAAACAAGACCAGAAGAACCUGGAGAGCCCUUCCAAAGCCUGACCAGAGACACUCAGAAGAAAACCGAUAAAUUCUGGGGCCGGGCACAGUGGCUCACACCUGUAAUCCUAGCAC